AUGAGCAGAACAAAGCAGAAAGGAGCUUCAAGAAAAGAAGAGAUGGUUUCUGGAUUUGCUUUUCACAGCCUCCUCCUAUGUGUUUUACUGAUUUUACAGAAUUCCGGCCUGAGUACCGCCAGGGAGAUCCCAGCAAAAAACUUGAACACUGUUAGCAAAGAGUUAUCUGAUAUGCAAAAACCUGCCAUGGAAGAUCAUCUACAACUCUAUGCUCAUAAAGGUGAUAACCAUGAUCAUGAACACAUCCAUGAAGCUCAAGAAAUAAUCCUUGAAAAUGAUGUACAUGACCAUCCAUUAUCCCACAUGGAUCAAAUUGACCCUGCACUAAAUGUGUUCUUCAAUCUCAAUGAUCUGAAAAUUGGGAAGAAAAUGCUCAUCUACUUCCCCAUCAAAGAUCCUUCUAGCUCUCCCCAUCUUCUCCCUAGAGAAGAAGCUGAUUCAAUCCCUUUCUCAUUCUCUCACCUCCCCUACCUUCUCAAAUUCUUCUCCUUCUCUACAGACUCCCCACAAGCCAAAGCCAUGGAAGAGACCCUUAAGCAAUGUGAACUUGAACCUGCCAAAGGAGAGAGCAAAUUCUGUGCAACUUCCCUUGAAUCCAUGCUUGAUUCAAUCAAGAAAAUCUUUGGAUUUGAGAACGAAGUCGGUGUUCUAACCACAACCCACCUCACAAAACUCACCACUCUCCUACAAAACUACACUUUUUUGGAAGCUCCCAAACAAAUCUCAGCUCCUAAGAUGGUGGCUUGUCAUACUAUUCCUUACCCUUAUGCAAUUUAUUAUUGUCAUUGGCAAGAGAGUGAGAACAAGGUGUUUAAGGUUUUAUUGGGUGGUGAUAAUGGAGAGAGAAUUGAUGCUGCUGCUAUUUGUCAUAUGGAUACUUCCCAGUGGGAUCAUGAUCAUGCUGGUUUUCGAAUGCUCGGAAUAAAGCCGGGAAGUGCUCCUGUUUGCCAUUUCUUCCCUGCUGAUAAUCUUGUCUGGGUUCAAUCCCCUUCUGCAAUGUAGAUCUGAGUCUGUUUGUGGUUUGAAGUACUAGUAAUAUGAUCUUUCUGGUCUGAUUGUGGGUGUUCUUAUCUUUUGAAGUUGUAAUAUGUUCACAGCAGUGCAAUUCGAUAUGCUAGGUUGUUACUUGUUAUCAAUUUGCAGGAAGUUGAG